GAAUAUGGUGUAAAUCGGUCAAGUUGAUGCAGACAGAAAUUGAAUAUUUAGUGCAAAUUCACUCGUUUCUGCUGAACCCCAUUCAUAAAAAUGGCUGAUGCAUUUGUAGCUGAUCGUGCUACUGGCCUGGUUGUCAAGCUUGUUUCACUUGCAGCUGAAGAAGUUAUCCAGGCUUGGAAUCUUCAGGAAAAUCUGGUAACCCUGCAAGAAAGGUUGGAAGAGAUUGAUGCCCUCUUGUCCGAUGCUGAUAGCAAAAAGCUAAGGAUGUCUGCUGUCCAGAGCUGGUUCAACAACCUGGAGGAUGUUGCUCGUGUAGCUGAUGCUUUUAUGGAUCAACUUGCUUAUGAAGUCACUCGGCGAAAGGUUGAAAAUCGGAGUACGUUGAGGCAUUUUUUUUCUACUAAGAAUAGCAUACUUUAUCGUCUCAAGGUUGCUCAUAAGAUCAAGUCUAUCCAUACUUCUUUCAACAAAAUUUUUAAAAGGGCUAGAGAUCUCGGGCUUCAGCCUGUGGUGCAACUAACUACUACUGUGCAGCCCAGGGAAAUCAGCAAUACUCCCCCCUGUGAAGACCAGUCACUGAUAGUUGGAAGAGAUGAUGAUAUAUCAUUUUUAGUCCAAACAGUGUGCACAAAUUAUGCGGAGGAUUUACCAGUCAUUGCUGUUAUGGGGUUGGGAGGUCAAGGCAAAACAACUCUUGCUCGUAUGGUUUACAAUAAAGAUGUUGUAACCGAUACGUUCAAGAAGAGGAUGUGGGUCACUGUAUCAGAUGAUUUUGAUUUCAUGAAAAUUUUGAAUCAAAUGGUAGUCUCACUCACCUCAACUGCUUCCGUGUUGGAAAAUACAGAAGGACUCAUUAACAAACUUCAAAGCUCUCUACGGGGUGUAAAGUUUUUACUCGUCUUAGAUGAUGUCUGGAAUGAUAGACCAGAGGAGUGGGAUAACUUAAGGAAUUCCUUGCUCGGAGUUGGUGGGGCGAGUGGAAGCAAGAUUUUGGUUACGACUCGUAAACAGAAAGCCGUUGAUGUCAUGCAAUGUGUUAUUACUCAUAGGGUGGAGAAACUAUCGGAACAAGAUAGUUGGAAAUUGUUCAAGCGAAGAGCAUUUUCACAAGGAGGAGUUUUAGAGACGGCGAAAUUUGUGGCCAUGGGAAGAAGAAUGGUGGAAAGGUGUAGUGGCCUGCCUUUGGCAAUAAAGACACUAGGGGGAUUACUACGCUCAAAGAAGUCUGAGCAAGAGUGGGUUCAGAUUCAAAAUAGUCCAAGGUGGAAUUUGGAUGGUGUAUUGUCUUCCUUGAGGUUGUCUUAUGAUAAUCUACCUCAUUCUUCUCUAAAGAAAUGCUUUGCAUAUUGUUCAAUUUUGCCAAAGGAUUCUCGUAUCAUGAAAGAUGAAAUGGUACGUAUAUGGAUGGCAUUAGGAUUCCUUUUGCCCCCUAAAGGUAGCAAUAAGCUGAUGGAAGAUAUAGGGAGCGAAUACUUUAACAUUUUGUUGUGGAAUUGUUUGUUACAAGAUGGAGAAAGAUAUGGUGGCCACAUAAUUUCUUACAAGAUGCAUGAUCUGGUGCACGAUCUAGCACUGGAUAUAUCUAAACAUCAUUCAGUAACUGUGAAGGCUGAUGAUCAUGAGUUAAACGAUAUUUCCAAGGCCAUAUAUGUGAGGGUCGAUGAAGGGGUUUCAAAUAUUAAGCCGCCCAUUCUUCAGAGAAAUUUUGAGAAAGUACAAGUAUUAUACGCAGAGGCUUGCAUCGUAAGGGACUUGGUGCCUUACCCCAGUCACUUGAUUGGUUUGGUUCUCGAAGAAAGCUAUGGAGAUGCUGAGUUGCCAAGUUCAUUGAGCAAUCUGAAGUAUCUUAAGUAUUUGGAUAUCUCCAGAUGUGACAGUAUGUAUAAAUUACCGGAUUACAUUGCGAGACUCUACAACUUGCAGACAUUGAGCGUUCAGAGUGCAACACAGCUUCCAAGAAAGAUUUGCAACUUAAUCAAUUUAAGACAUAUUCUGGUCGCUCGUAAUUACUCUGUCUUUAAGAGAUCAGACAUGUUUUCUGGGAUAGAGAGGUUAAGUUGUCUUCAAACGCUGCCUCAUUUUGUUGUGAGUAGAGAUCAUCAAUGUUUUAUUGGACAACUGGGAAGUUUGAAAAAUCUUCAAGGUACUUUGAGUCUGUAUGGCCUUGGUGAUGUAGAGAAUAUGGAAGAAGCCAGUAAGGCGAGUUUGCAUACAAAAUCGAAUAUUAAGCAUUUAAAGUUAGUCUGGAGAAAGAAUGAAGAUGUGAUGGAAGAAAAAGAAUACAACGAUGAGGAUGUGAUGGAAGGAUUAAAACCUCACACAAAUCUAAAAGAAUUGACUGUCGAGAACUUUAUGGGAAAGAAGUUUGCAACAUGGAUUACAUUCAUGACAAACUUAAAAGUUAUCACAUUGGAAAAUUGCAAACGAUGUGAAGAGUUUCCCCAGCUGGGUCAUCUUCCUAAAUUGAGGGUGAUUGAUAUAUACGGGAUGGAUAACAUCAAGGUUAUAAGCAGCCAUUUAUGCGGAAGUCAAGGUAGCAUUAGUGGUGAAAAUAGAGCAGAAGAAACAGUUGCAACAUUGUAUCCGUCAUUGAGAAGACUAGAUUUAUGGCAUUUGCCAAAGCUAGAAGAAUGGCUAGACCCAGCUAUGGAUGCAAGCGAUGAAGAGCCAAAUAAUGUGCUAGUGUUUCCUCAACUCGAGAAGUUAAGUAUUUGGAGAUGUUCAAAGUUGAGAAGGUUACCGAGUAGUUGUUAUCCGUUGUUGAAGACAUUGUCUAUCAAAUACUUGGGCAGCAGCAAGCUACUGGAAUCAAUGAGCAAACAGGCAUGCGGUCUCACAGAUCUAAAACUGUAUAAUAUCAGUGGCGGAGUAGGAUGCUCCUCCUCCUCUUCUUCUUCAAGUAUGAACUGCAUAAUGGCCGAGCUCUUGAUAAACAAUUCUGUGUCUUUCAAAAAUUUGAGUGUAAGAAAUUUAGAGGGAUUGACAUACUUGACACUUGGCGCAGGUUUAAGGGGUUUAAGUGCUUGUGAUUUGCCAGAGCUGAAUACUAUUAAUGUUGUCAAUGGGUCGGAUGCUCUAAAACAUCUUAUUAUUUCGAGGUGUCCGAACUAUGUGGUGUUUGCCAAGAGUGUGAUACAAGAAGGGAAGUGGGGCGGAAUGGUCCAAAAUCCAACACAUCAAACAAAUACAUGGGCUUGACUGAUGAGAGUAAUCACACAUGGCUGGAGGACGAGCAGAGGAUGCGGCAUUUCCUUUUAAACAAUAAACUGUAUUUACAGGGUUGUACGAGUUCUUCAAUAAUUCUAUAGAUUACUACUGUAUAGUAAUAAACUUGCUCUA